AUGGACGUUACAGCUGCUAAAGUUGCCGAAGUUAAGGAUCAAACAAGAAACGAAAGAAUAGGUGCCCACUCCCAUAUCAGAGGUUUGGGUUUGGAUGAAUCACUUGACCCUAGAAAUAUUGGUUAGGGUAUGGUUGGAUAGAAAGAAGCAAGAAAAGCUGCUGGUAUCAUUUUAAAUAUGAUUAAGGAAGGUAAGAUUGCUGGUAGAGGUAUUUUAAUUGCUGGUUAACCAGGUACCGGUAAAACUGCAAUUGCUAUGGGUAUGGCUAAAUCUUUGGGUGAAGAUGUACCUUUCACCAUGUUAGCCGGUUCUGAAAUAUUCUCUUUGGAAAUGUCAAAGUCCGAAGCUCUUACCUAAUCCUUACGUAGAUCUAUUGGUGUUAGAAUCAAAGAAGAAGCUGAAAUAGUUGAAGGUGAAGUAGUUGAAAUCGAAAUUGAAAAAUCUGCAAAUAGCGGUGCAAAGACUGGUAAAAUUACUUUGAAGACCACUGAAAUGGAAACUGUCUAUGACUUGGGUAAUAAAAUGAUCGAAGCUAUCUAAAAAGAAAAGAUUGUUGCUGGUGAUGUUAUUACUAUUGAUAAGGCUUCAGGUAGAAUUUCUAAGACUGGUCGUUCUUUCGCUCGUGCCAGCGAAUUCGAUGCCAUGGGUCCUUAAACUCGUUUUGUUUAAUGCCCUGAAGGUGAAAUCGAAAAGAGAAAGGAAGUUGUCCACACUGUCACUUUACACGAAAUUGAUGUUAUCAACUCUCGUUCUUAAGGUUUCCUUGCACUUUUCUCUGGUGAUACUGGUGAAAUCAAAUAAGAAGUCAGAGACCAAAUGGACCAAAAGGUUGCUGAAUGGAGAGAAGAAGGAAAGGCAGAAAUUGUUCCUGGUGUUCUCUUUAUUGACGAAGUCCAUAUGCUCGAUAUGGAAUGCUUCUCUUUCUUAAAUAGAGCUUUGGAAAGUGAAACAGCUCCCAUUAUUAUUUUGGCUACAAACAGAGGUAUUACUAACAUUAGAGGUACCAACUAUAAAGGUCCUCAUGGUAUGCCUCUCGAUCUCUUGGAUAGAUUGCUUAUCAUUACUACCUAACCUUACACUGAAAAAGAAAUUCGUUAAAUUAUUGAUAUUCGUUGUGAAGAAGAAGACGUCGAAAUGAAUGAUGAAGCUAAGGAAGCUCUUACUACUAUUGGUGAAUAAACUACUCUCAGAUACGCUAUUUAAUUAAUUACUACCUCUUCUUUGGUUGCAGCCAAAAGAAAAUCAUAAGAAGUUGAUGUUGUUGAUAUUAGAAAAGUUUACUCUAUGUUUAUGGAUUUAAAGAGAUCUACUGAAUACUUGAUUAACCAUCAAAAGGAUUAUUUAUAUUCUGAAGAAACAAAUGUAACUAAAUAAGUAGAAUAAAUGUCUCUUGAGUGA